AGUGGGAACAGAAUGAGAGGGGCCAUUUUGAUUCUGUGGUUUAAAGAAAAUAGCUGGUCUGACGUUGCCUGGGAGCCAUUUCAGCCAGGGUCUAAGGAUUAUUCUUGGGCUAUGAUGGGCAUGAUUCCUGUAGAAGACCUGAGAUUUCUGCACUCUGAGCAAUGUCAGUUGCCACUGGUUUUGUUCUGAGACCCUUGCCUAGAGGAUGGCAAAAGGGCUCCUUGUGACCUAUGUCCUCUGGGCUAUAGGUGGUCCUAUUGGACUUCACCACCUAUACCUUGGAAGGGACAGUCAUGCCCUGCUCUGGAUGCUUACCCUGGGGGGAGGUGGGUUGGGCUGGCUUUGGGAGUUCUGGGAACUCCCAAACUUUGUAGCUCAAGCCAACAGAACCCAAGGGACAGAACAGAGCUCAAGAGAGGGGAUACCUCCACUGAGUCCCAUUCGCUUUGUUGCCCAGAUGAUAGUGGGCAUCUAUUUUGGCCUUGUGGCUUUGAUUAGCUUUUCUUCCAUGGCCAACUUCUACAUUGUGGGCCUCCCACUGGCAGUUGGCUUAGGUGUCUUGCUGGUGGCUGCUGUUGGCAAUCAAACCUCAGACUUUAAGAACACUCUGGGAGCAGCAUUUCUUACUUCCCCUGUAUUCUAUGGCCGCCCCAUAGCCAUCCUGCCUCAGCUUGGCUGCAGCAUCACAGCCAAGAAGCAUCGCCGCUACAAAUCUUCAGUGGAAUCAGAGACACUCAGUGUGCGGCUCUACCGACUGGGUUUGGCUUACCUUGCUUUCAUGGGCCCGCUGGCAUAUAGUACCCUGUGCAACACAGCUGCCACUUUCAGCUAUGUGGCAGAAACACUGCACUCCUUCUUAAGUUGGUUCAGCUUCUUCCCCCUUCUUGGCCAUCUAAUGGAGUCUGUCCUCCUUCUGCCUUACCAAAUCUGGUGGCUACUAGUCGGGGAUCCAGAUCACAGCCACUACUUCCAGGAGUGGGAGAAGUUCUAUGAGUUUGUUCACAGUUUUCAGGAUGAGAAGCACCAGCUGGCUUACCAGGUUUUGGGCCUCUCAGACAGGGCAACAAAUGAAGAAAUACAUCGUAGUUACCAGGAACUAGUGAAGAUAUGGCACCCUGACCACAACCAGCACCAAAGAGAGGAGGCCCAGAGGCACUUCCUGGAGAUUCAGGCUGCAUAUGAAGUUCUGAGUCAGCCCAGGAGGCCCAGGGGAUCCCAGAGGUGAAAAUCAACUUUCUUGGAGGAUGGAAUCUUCACAGCAGAGCGGGGCAGCUUAUCCUAAGUCUGGCUUUGCCCAUCUGAGGCAUCCCAACAGUGUUUAAAAAACUCUACUUUCAGUGAAUAUGUGGAAACUUUAUAGGGGUAAGAACAAUUAUGGUUGAAAAUAUAUUUAUGUUCUGAAUU